AUUGACAUUUGAUGUUUUAUAUGGAAGGGUCGAAGUUUAUUAUUAUUUUUUUUUAAACAUUUAUUUAUCUAUUUAGUAUUUUAGUUUCAUAACACACUCUUUGCUCUUGUCGCUCUUGAAAACAAAUUUCCAACUUCUUCAACAUGUGGCUGUGACUGUGCUAAAAAUGAAAUAAGAUUAGAAAAGUGUUGAUGGAAAACAAAUAGUUCACUAAGUUUAUAUAAUUUAUUUGUUGGUUUGGUUGUUUUCUAUAAGAACCUGCACUCCGUGAUGAUCCUCCAAAAACAAACCAUAAGGUUUUCAUCCAUCUACUCAGCUGCCAACAUCUUAAGUGCGGAAAAUCGUUCCCGAUGUUUGGAAUGUCUUCAAAAACUACCAACUGCAAAAAUGCGCCAACCAAGCACACCUCAACCCGAAGCUUCUGUUUUGGUUCCGGUAUGCAUCGAUGACAAAGGUGAAACGUCGAUUCUCUACACACGUCGCUCGGGUCUGCUUAGUCGACACGUCCACCAAAUAUCGUUUCCAGGUGGAAUUAAGGACCCGGAGGACGCUAGUUUCGAAGAUUGUGCCCUACGUGAAACUGAAGAAGAAAUUGGUCUGCCGAGGUCGCGCAUUGAGAUCUGGGGCAGUGGCCCAUUGUGGCGUCCACAAUUUACUGCUUCCAUUAUGCCAGUCUAUGGAAUUGUAAGAAAUUUGAGGUUGGACGAGCUGAAGCUUAACAAAGCCGAAGUGGAGAGUGCCUUUACAAUACCCAUAGAGGAGCUAGCUGCACCGGAUAACUUUCGGUACACACAGUACAAGAGUGGCUAUAGUGGGCCAGUGUUUAUGGUAGGAAAUCGUAGAAUUUGGGGUAUAACAGCAUGGAUGACCGACAACUUUCUGAAUUGUCUUAUACCGGAGCACGAGAGCAGCAAGAGGCCAAGAAUCAAAUACAUUCGCCCGUAUAGGGCGAAAUAGCAAUAAUUAUAUAUUUUAAUUCUUUUUCUGUAUAAAAAGAAAAGUGAAAGUAAAUAUUUUAUUUUUUUUGUUUUCAAA